CGGGGAACUGCUAAAAUAUUUAAAAGACGGGUCAGUAUACACUGAAUUGUGUUGAAUGGUGUCGGUAAGAAAAUGUGUAAUUGAUAUAUUAAAAUGAAUAGGACAGAAUAUGUUUGUUUGAAUUUACCAUCUCUCAAGUUAAAUUCAUUCUGAUGCCUGGUUUGCUAAUUCCCAGGAAAUUGUCACGAGGCAAGAAUAUAUCAUAACUGUGUUUCUGAUAUAGUCUUUUCAGAAUAAGAAUCUCGAGUUGCUUCUGUAUAUGAAAUGCAGAUUUUUAUAUGAGGAUGUUGUCGGCAUUGUACUGACUGAAAUGUUUCAACAGAUCAGGGAAGAGUUCCAUCGGAUCACCAACAAGAACCUAACAGACGACUUCAGAUCAGCCAUUAAUCAGCACACUCCCAGGCUCCUCAGACUCUAUCGGGCUAGGAGAACAGUUUUUCCACCUGAGAUGGAUCAACUGCUUAACAGACUGGGCGAAGAGACAUCUGACGUCACAGCACAUGGACAGACUGCAGCCUUGAAGGGCCUUCCCUUGUAUCUCCAUGACAGUCAUGAGAAGCUCUUCAGGAACUGUCUUGCGACUGAUCCAGAAGAGGAGCAGAUGAAGGGCCUCAUUGUGGGCGUCCUGACUGUGUUGGAGGAUGAUGAUAGUUCAGGUCCUGCACGUGUCAUAAACAUCGCUGUUAUUGUAGAAGAAGACAUCGUUCUUCAGGAUCUCCCUGACCUGCCAACAGCUUUUGCUUACCUCUUUGGGCUGAUCUACGCUUUGGACCUCCAGCAUGCAAAAGAACUGAGGUACGCUUUUGAAACCAUUCAAAAGGUUUUCAUGGAACUUGGGACAGAUCUCUCUGCAAGGGUGAGAUCCCUCAAAAACAAACUCUUUCAGUGAAUCCAGCAAGUUAGCUGAGAAUGUACGUUGUUCAUUGCACAAGUCCUUGUUGUCAUUUGCCAGAGAUCUUCUUAAACAUGUGCUCUUACUCUCCCUAUUUUCUCUCUUUCUCAAAUUCUCUCUCCCUCCACCUCUCUUCUCUCUCCCUUUCCCCCAUCUCUCGUCUCUUUUCUUUCCAUCUGUCACCCAACUUGUCGAACUUUCUUACUCUUCUUACUGAAUCCACCUUCUCCUGUUCUCACUCAAACUGUGAACUCUAAAACUUGUGUUAAUUACACUGUUAUUUUAAUUCUGUUUCUCUGCUAACUCUGAAUCAUCUUGUGUUAAAUAUUAUAUUGUGGUGUAGAUUACCCUUACCUCUUUGACUCACCAUUUGCUACCUAAUUGUAUUUUGGUGUUCAAGAUAUUAUGCAUGCUAAUAUGCAGUGUUUUUUCAGCUAUG